UAUAUUGUCAUGGAUGAGGAAGUACAGUUUGUUGAGCAUCGUGAGGUGUUCAUUGAACACUAUGGAGAGGUUCCUAUUGUCAAAGGCUCCUUCAAUGACAUGCCAAAGAAUGUACAGGCGUGGGUAGCAUCGAAGAUUGACUUGUGCAAGCCACGUGGUGUGUACAUCUGCGAUGGUUCCCAAGAAGAGGCCGAAACUAUCAUCCACAAGCUGGAAGAACGUGGCACUUUGCAUAAGUUGAAAGCCUACGAAAAUAACUACAUCUGCAAGACUGACCCCAAGGAUGUUGCUCGUGUCGAGGGAUUGACCUACAUAGUGUCCCAUAACAAGCAUGACUCAGUGCCCCAUGUCAGACCCAACACAAAGGGCAUCCUGGCCCAGUGGAUGAGCUACGCCGAGGCCGAGAAAUUGAAUAUGGACCGCUGGCCAGGAUGCAUGGCAGGACGUAUGAUGUAUGUGAUUCCAUUCAGCAUGGGACCUGUGGGUUCCCCCCUGUCGAAAAUCGGAGUCCAGGUGACAGAUUCCAACUACGUGCUUCUUUGUAUGAGAAUCAUGACCCGUGUCACUCCAAAAGUUUGGGAUGUCUUAAAGAAGGGAAAGGGAGACUUUGUCAAGUGCUUGCACUCCAUGGGCUCCCCCAGACCUAACCAGAGGAAGGUGAUCAACCACUGGCCCUGUAACCCAGAUAAAGUCCUCAUUCUCCACUAUCCCGAGGAGAGGAAAGUGACCUCAUUUGGGAGUGGUUACGGUGGGAACUCGCUGCUGGGCAAGAAGUGCUUUGCUCUGCGUAUUGCAGGUGUUAUCGCCAGAGAUGAGGGAUGGCUGGCAGAGCACAUGUUGAUCAUGAGUGUAACCAACCCCAAAGGACAAGAGAAAUUUAUUGCUGCAGCUUUCCCUAGUGCCUGUGGUAAGACCAACAUGGCACUGUUGACCCCCACCAUACCAGGCUAUAAAGUCCAGUGCAUAGGCGACGACAUCGCCUGGAUGCGUUUUGAGGAAAAUGGAGAACUCCGUGGCAUCAAUCCUGAGGCCGGGUUCUUCGGCGUGGCCCCAGGGACCAACGAAAAAACUAACCCCAUUGCCGUACAAACCUUUCAGAGUAACUCGAUCUUUACCAAUGUGGCAGAAACUGAGGACGGUCAUUUCUUCUGGGAAGGAAUGGAAGAUAAAAUAAGUGACGAUACAGAAGUGGUCACCUGGCUGGGUGGCAAAUGGAAGAAGGGGAACCCAGAAAAGGCCGCUCACCCGAACUCACGCUUUUGCACCCCAGCUGGGCAGUGUCCCAUAAUGCACCCCAUGUGGGAGGAUCCCAAAGGUGUGCCCAUCUCUGCAAUCAUCUUUGGAGGACGUCGUCCUGAAGGUGUUCCUCUGGUUUUGGAAGCCUUUGACUGGAAACAUGGAGUAAUGCUGGGAGCGCAGCUUAAAUCUGAGACCACAGCAGCUGCAGAGUUUAAGGGUAAGAAAAUCAUGCACGACCCCAUGGCCAUGCGUCCGUUCAUUGGCUACAACUUUGGUAAGUACUUGGACCACUGGCUGGAGGUGGAAAAGCCUCCACACAAAGUCCCCAAGAUUUUCCAUGUCAACUGGUUCCGCGUGGACUCCACAGGCAAGUUCUUGUGGCCAGGCUUCGGAGACAACAUCCGUGUGCUGGACUGGAUCAUGCGCCGCGUGGAUGGAGAAGACAUUGCUGUGGAAUCUCCAAUUGGUUUACUUCCAAAGAAGGGCUCCAUCAACCUCGAUGGUUUGGGUGAGAUAAAUUGGGAUGAACUGUUCAGUAUUCCUAAAGAUUACUGGCUGGCAGACAUCAAGGAGACCAUGAAGUUCCUGGAUGACCAGACUGGCGAAGACCUUCCACAGGUUGUCCGCGAUGAGCUGCAGAAACAGGCUGACCGUAUUAAUGCCAUGUAGAUGUAAAGCAGACAUGCGAUCAAACUAAAAUAAAAAAUAUAACAUUGGUUGUCACUAUUGUUCAAUUUGACAUUAUUCUAAGAGAUAAUAUUUUACAAAUUUUUAAAGGGCCAGCUUGCAGUCAACAAAUUGAGAUGUAUGGAUUUCAGUAGAGGUUUCUUGACUUGAACACCCAUAGCGUCCUUGGUCUGGACUCCUCCGCUAUUCUAAUGAUACUAAAGCUUUGUAGUGUAACACUGUUGCCACCAGUAAGGUGGCUAUAAUUGUUAUUAGAUGUUGUACAUGUAGAAGAAUGAAAGAAUUGGUUUCGUGAUUACAAGAUAUUACAAACUUUGAUUUGUGGCAUCUUGUAAUUCUUAAUCUCUAGACUGGCAGGGAGGGAGUUUGCAAUUUAAGAUGCUCGUUCGGAGGAGGUUAGUGGCUGGCACUGUGGGUGUGGAAAUUACCAUGAGAUCAACCAUCAGGAGUUUCAGUACCGCUGAAGGAAGGUUUUCUAACAGCAUGCAAGGGAAUGCCACACCCUGAUGUCUGGGUAGGUUCAUAGAAAGACGCAAGGGGUUUUCUGCUUCUCCAUAGUGCCAGAAUGUGAUUGUUGUGGAUAACUUUUGCCAACUUCUCUCAACUUCUACUAGAACUCUCAGGCAUGUUGUUUCUCUGUACCAGUUGUACUUAAAUAUCCAUCAAAAGGACACACAUAUAUCUCUACUUGUUAUAUCCAGUUGGGAAUCAUGCAAGAUUUAUUGCUUUUAAUUGGAAAGAUGCUUUACUCUUCAAUGUCUUUCCCCAGGAACGUGUUUGGCCGUUGCCGUUUUUGGCCAAACGAAUUGUAUGGUAUGGAACUAAAUCAUGCUUUUGGGUGUCUGUGCUUAAUACUUGAAUAUUACAAAAUUUUAUGAUUUAUAAGGAUACUGUGUGAAGAUUUGGACAUUUAAAGGCAUUUGUUUGAUACUUUACUGAAGUACUUCUAUAAAUUUUUUGUUUCUCUUGGUGCUGUGUAAAUAUGCCAAUAUUAAUUCUGAAAACUUUAUAGUUCUAACGCAAAGGUAUGAUGAUGAUCAUAUUCAUGAAUGAACUUGUGCCAGAUUAGUUUUAUUUAACAUCACAGUUUAACUGUUGGUUACUGUAAGUAACGGGUGUCCUGGCAGUAAAGGCAUACAUGGACGUUAUAUGUAUUUUAUUUUUUCUGUUGUAGUGCAUAGACGUCGUUAAUUUUAGUAGUAGUGUGAUCAAGGGCGUAUAUGGCAAUUACUGAGAGCUUUUUUGUGCGUAAGAGAAUGGAAUAGUGUACUUUUUGUCGGUGAGAACACUUGAUACUUGUAUUUUGGCCGUAAAGUACGGGGUAAAAACAUCAAAUGAAUUAAGCAGACGUGUUUCGUCUCUUACACACACGAAGCGGAUGUAAGAUUCCCCGCAAGGCCAGCGUUCUAAUUUCUUAGCCGGUCCACGCUGUUGCUUAACACAUGGCUUUUUGACGUUGCGACACACGUGUUCCUAGAUUGGCCAAUAAAACGAGAGAGUGCAGUCACGUUGAUGUCAUUUGUUGACCUAGCGUACCAGGCAGUGCAGUGAACUUGAAAGUGUUGUACUAGUACUGCACCAAAACUACAUGUUUGUUCACUGAGAAUAAAACUGAGAUUAAACCAGUUAUUAAUU